CUUUGCGUCGGCAAUUUUGAAAUCGCGUUCGCCGUGCUUUUUUUUUUAAAUUAAUGAAGUGUAAUAUAAAGCGGUGAUUGUGGUUUGGCAAAAGAGUGUGAAUAAUUUGUUCAGUCAAAUUUUAUAAAGAAACGAAUUUUUUAAAAGUUCACUUUCAUACAAAUAAAAAAUUAUUUAGUUGAUUUAAUUAAAUUGUUAAUUAAAGCAAUGCUGCCAUCGUAUUUAAGUAUUACGUAAAAGUAAAAUUGCUCAGACAUUCGGAAGGAAAACCGAGCAUAAUAAUAAUAACGAUAAACAAAUAUAAUUGAAUGUAACAUUUAAUUUUCGCGUGCAGAGGAGUUAUUGGUAUAAUUGAAAAGUGAUAAGUGUGUGUUUGGUUUUUGAAAAGAAAAAUUUAAAUAAAUAAACGAGAUCGGCAUAAUAAAAUUAUUUUGUUUGUUUGUGUGCGAGUAACUUAAGAAAAUAUUUAGUUUAAGUGUGAGAGUCAAAAUGUCGUGCUGUGGCCAAAUAACAACAAUUCGUCCACCCAUCGAGAUGUCCAGUCAAAGUGACGUUUUGAAGCUAAGAUAUGAUCCACGACUAGAUAUCCAUCGCAGGGGUCCUGAUCACAUACACGUCUCGAAAUUCUACAAAGAAUCCAAAAAUGGCAAAUUCAUCAGCUACAUCACUGAGAAUGUACGUACUUUAUAUCAGACAUUUCGCGAGGGCGCUUACUCGUCCAACAAUGGUCCGUGUCUGGGUUGGCGCGAGACUCUUACAUCGCCAUAUCAGUGGAUUAAUUACGAUGAAGCGUUGUUGCGUGCAAAGAAUUUUGGCGCUGGCAUGAUUGCACUGGGCGCUCGUCCCAAGCAAUUAAUUGGCAUUUAUUCGCAAAAUCGUCCAGAGUGGAUCUUAUAUGAGCAGGGUUGUUAUAGUUUCUCGUUGGUUGUUGUGCCUCUCUACGACACACUGGGACCAGAGGCGUGUGCGUUCAUAAUGCGUCAAACGGAAAUGUCUUUGGUUGUGGUGGAGGAUGAUGCUAAGGCUUUGCUCUUGUUGGAGAAAGCGCCUCCCACAUUGAAGAUUAUAGUCGCCAUUAAACCCAUACGCCAACAGACACUGGAUCGUGCCAGAAGUCGUGGCAUACAGAUCUUCUCAUUUAUCGAUGUGGAGAAAUUGGGUGCCAAAGGCAAUCAUCCAGAGGUGCCGCCUGUGUCCGAGGACUUGUGCACUGUGUGCUAUACAUCCGGUACUACGGGCAAUCCGAAGGGUGUGAUGCUCACUCACGGCAAUGUCGUGGCCGGUGUAUGUGCGGUGAUCCUGCAGAUGGGCGAACAUCGAAUUCGCGCCGGCGAUGUAAUGAUAUCCUUUUUGCCGUUGGCACAUAUGUUCGAACGUUGCUGCGAGAAUGGCAUCUACUAUGUAGGUGGCUGUGUUGGCUUCUACUCGGGAGAUAUUAAGGAGCUCACGAAUGAUUUGAAGAUGCUAAAGCCAACCGUUAUGCCAGCUGUGCCGCGUUUAUUAAACCGAGUUUACGAUAAAAUCCAGAAUGAGAUCGCCUCGUCAGCGAUUAAACGUACGCUAUUCAAUAUGGCACUCAAGGCUAAGGAAAAGGAGCUUUCACGUGGAAUCAUGCGAAGAAAUGGUUGUUGGGACAAGCUGGUCUUCAAAAAGGUUCAUCAAGCUUUCGGUGGAAAUCUGCGUUUGAUGGUGGUCGGCUCCGCGCCAUUGGCCGGAAAUGUACUGACAUUUAUGCGCUGUGCACUCGGUUGUCUCGUAUUGGAAGGCUAUGGUCAAACUGAGUGUACUGGGGCGAUUUCGCUAACCGUACAAGGAGACUAUGUGCCAAAUCAUGUUGGACCACCGGUUUCCUGUAAUGCGGUAAAGCUGGUGGAUGUACCAGAGAUGGAGUAUUUCGCCAGCCAAAAUACUGGGGAGGUGUGUGUACGUGGUUCUAACGUAUUCCAUGGUUACUACAAAGAUCCCGAAAAAACAGCAGAGGCCGUCGACACGGAGGGCUGGCAUCAUACGGGCGACAUUGGCAUGUGGCUACCGAAUGGCACUCUCCGCAUAAUUGAUCGUCGCAAGCAUAUUUUCAAGCUCAGUCAGGGCGAGUAUAUUGUGCCCGAAAAAAUUGAAAACAUCUACACGCUAAGUCAGUAUGUAAACCAGGUGUAUGUCUAUGGAGAAAGUCUUAAAAGCUGCAUCAUUGCCGUUGUUGUGCCCGAUGUGGACGUGCUCAAGCAGUGGGCCAUUGAUAAUCGUGUCAAGGGAACGCUCUCAGUGCUCUGCAAUAAUCCACAGGUGAAAGAGCUCAUUAUGAGCGACAUGUUGAAUUGGGGCAAGCAAAGUGGUUUGAAGUCAUUCGAACAGGUCAAAGACAUUUAUUUGCAUCCUGAUCCAUUUUCCGUACAAAAUGGUUUACUAACGCCAACAUUCAAAGCGAAACGGCCACAACUGAAGAGCUACUUCAAGCCGCAGCUGGAUGAUAUGUACAAACAUUUAGAUUAAAUUUAAAUUUACAUAACAGUAAACAGAUUGAGCUAUAGCCUAUGCGUAUCUAAAAAGAAUGACUCGAAGAAAUGCAUACAAUGAAACGCAGAUGAUUGAAUUAAAGGGAAUAAUGAACAAUCCUAAAAAACCCCUUUAAAAGUACUAAAAUUGAAACAUAAAAUAUAUAAAUAAAAAAAUAAUAAGUAAUCGUCAAAACGAUUUCGAGAGAGAAACAUUAGUCGAUAUGUAAAUGCAAAUUAUAACCCAGAAGUCAAGAAGGAUAUGUAUGGUAAAAAUAAAGUUUGACAAGUCCACUUAGAAAAUAUGAAAUUCGAUCUAGCGAAUUUAAGAGGAAAAUUAUUUAAAUUCAAUAUAUAAUAUCCUUAGAAUAUUAACGAUCUAUACAAAUGUAGCUUCUUUAAAUAGUUUCAUGGUCACAUAACCAAUUUAUAAUUUACUGACAAAAAAAAUUAUGGAUUAAAUUAUUAAUAAAUAAAUAUUUUAUUUGGAAUAUUUUUAGUAUUUCAAAGUUAUAAAGACGGUCAAUUCAAUUAAAGAGUGCAAAUAUUCAAUUAAAUAAUCGAAAUGCUUUAUACAAUAAUUUGUUCAACCAAAAAUUAUGGUAGUGGUGAAAUAUAUAGAACAUAUGUAUGCUUGAGAAUACUUAAAAAUUAAUUAAUAUUUACAUACAUAUGUACUCGUAUGUGUAAACACAUUUUUCCAUUAACAAAGCCAAUAUUAUACAUACACACAUUUUUACGCUGUUUUUUUAAUGUUUUUAUUUUUAUUUUUAUAUUUAUUUAUUAACUAUUUUAACUUAAUAUUGUACUAAAAAAUCUGUGCUUUUAUUAGUUAGUCUCUCUUACACGUAUUCUUUGUAUGUAAAUGGGUAUACUUGAUAUUGUAUUAAAUUAAAAAAUAUAAAACACAAGGAAAACACAAGUUUCUAAUCACUGUUUCUUUUAUAAUUUUAUAUUAAGUUUUUAAACAUUUUAUUUGGCUUUUGAGAAUUCUAGUAAUGCACAUGGUAAUAGAGAAUUUGAAUGUUCAACUAUCGUAAAGUAUCGAUUAUUAUUUAUUCCCACGCCGAAUCGACAAAAUCGUAGCAUUUACCGACUAAAAUAUCACCAAAUGGCACUUCAAAUCCAAAAGUCUGCUCGUCAAUUUCAACACUGAUAAAAGUAAUAGAUAUUUAUAAUGAUAUGUGAUAUGUAUUUGAUAAUUAUCGCAAUAUAUUUAUUAAACUUAAUACAAAUGCAAAUUAUUAAUUACUAAUACAUACAUAUAUACUAUAUAUGAAAACCUUACUGCUAAGUAGUGUGCGAUUACAUCAAAUACUCGUAAAUACAUAUUUAUAUGCAAUAGAACGCGUAAAUACAAACUUACGUACAAGUAACAAUGUUUACGUGUACAUGCACGAGGUAUUCAAAUGAGAUUGGAAUAAGGAAAUAGGAAUAGUCUUGUGUACGAGACACCUGACGAACAUACAGGUAUACAUUCGAAUGAAUGUGAAUGAAAAGGAUUACAACAUUACUUAAAUAAUUACAAAAUAUAAAUGCAAUUUUAUCUAAUAUGAA